AUGUCGGCCGCAGGGAGUCAGCGGCUGACCACCAGGGAUGCCCUGAGCUACUUGAGGGACAUCAAGGAUCGCUUCAGGGACCGGAGGGAGAUCUAUGACAAGUUCCUGGAGAUCAUGAAGGAGUUCAAGAGUAAUCGCAUAGACACCCUCGGGGUCAUUGAGCGCGUCAAGUUGCUUUUCAAGGGCUACCCGGACCUAAUCCUCGGAUUCAACACCUUCCUGCCGAAAGGCUACGAGAUAAAGGUGGAGGACACGAUAGAGCGCCAGCCCGUCGAGUUCGAUCAGGCCAUCAACUACGUGAACAAGAUCAAGCACCGUUUCGCGCGGGACGAGCGCGUGUACAAGGCCUUCCUGGAGAUACUCAACACCUAUCGCAAGGGCGGGAAGACCAUCUCCGCGGUCUACGAGGAGGUAUCCCUGCUCUUCAAGGACCACAAGGACCUCCUCGAGGAGUUCGCCUACUUUUUGCCCGACACGCCGCGCAUGCAUGCUGGUCAUGGGAGGGGCAAAGGAGCAACGGCCAGGCUCACGGGCCCGCGAGGCCGCGCCGCCGGCCGCGACGACCGCGACGACCGCAAGGGCCUCGUCUCGUCCAAGGAGAUCCAGUUCUUCGAGAAGGUCAAGAACCGCGUUCGCUCGCGCGAGAUCUACCAGGAGUUCAUCAAGGUGCUGAACUUGUUCGCGAACGACGUCAUCAACCGCGACGAGAUGCUGUGCCUGAUCGACGACGUCCUCCAGCGGUUCCCGGAGCUCCGCCGCGAGUUCUACGACCUGAUGGCGCGGUGCGACGGCACGGGGGACCCGAACGACCGGUCGACGCGCGCGGCCCGCGAGCGCUUCCAGAUGCGCGAGAAGUACCUCACGCUGCCGAUCUCGGAGCUCGACCUGUCGCACUGCGAGCGCUGCACGCCGUCGUACCGCAUGCUGCCGGACGACUACCCGCGCAUGGUGUGCUCGGGCCGCCCGGAGUGGGCCAAGUCGCCGCUGCUGAACGACACGUGGGUGAACGUCAUCUCCGGGUCGGAGGACUACUCGUUCAAGCUGAUGCGCAAGAACCAGUACGAGGAGAGCCUCUUCCGCUGCGAGGACGACCGCUACGAGCUCGACCUGGUCCUCGAGCAGAACAUGUCGGCGAUCCGCGCGAUGAAGCCGCUGUACGAGGAGCUCGAGAACAUGCCGCAGGAGGACCGCAACGCGUGGAGCCUGCCGAAGGACGCGCUCACGCCGGUGCACCUGCGCAUGAUCCAGCGCAUCUACAACGAGCAGGGGCACGCGGUGCUGGAGCUGCUGUACAAGAACCCGGGCGUGUCGAUCCCGGUCAUCUACCAGCGCCUGCGGCAGAAGGACCAGGAGUGGCGCGCGGUGAUGGACCAGAUGAUGCCCAACUGGCGCAAGGUCUUUGAGGCCAACUACCACAAGAGCCUCGACCACCGGUCGUUCUACUUCAAGCAGCAGGACAAGAAGAACCUCUCCGGCAAGGCCAUGGUCCAGGAGAUCCGCGACUCGGCCGAGCGCCGCCACGACCACGUGCUCUCCCUGCAGUACCUCUCCAUCGCCUCGCCCUUCAGCCAGCGGCUGCAGCCGGACAUCACGCUCGACUACCCGCACCGCGCGCACCUCGACGACGCCUGGCGCAUCGUCCACCUCGGCGUCCGCAGCAUCGUCAGCAGCCCGGAGAUGCAGGCCAAGAUCCUGGCCUUCUGGACGGAGUUCCUCGAGCCCUUCUUCCACCUGGGGGAGCGCGGGGGCGACCCGAUGGAGGAGGACCCGGAGCUGUACACGAUGCUCGAGGAGGCCAUGGAGGCCGAGGCGGCCGCGCGCGAGGAGAAGGCGGCGCGGGACGCGGCGGAGGCGCAGGCCAACGGCGGCGCGGCCGAGGGCGGCGAGGGCGGCGAGGGCGGCGAGGGCGAGGGCGAGGACGGCGAGAACGAGAAGGACGGCGAGGGGGCGCGCGAGGACGAGAAGGAGAAGGAGACGACGGGCAAGGACGACGACCGCGACGAGUCGGACAUGGAGGACGCCGAGGGCGCGGAGCCCGCGGUGGACUCGGACGAGGAGGAGGAGGAGGACCACGCGAAGUACGCGUGGUGCCGGCCGCUCGCGACGACGCGGCAGCCCGGCGCGGCGCCCGUGCGGCCGGCGGAGGAGUCGAGCGUGCUCUACAUGAACUCGUCGCUCUACGUGCUCCUGCGCUACCACUACCACCUGUACGAGCGCAUCGCGAUCGCGCGGCGGUGCGCGGUGCAGAAGGUGACGCAGCGCGGGCAGGACAUGGGCUGGCAGGAGGGCGACCCGCUCCCGGCGGACGCGCAGGAGGUGUACGACAAGUUCCUGCUGCUGGUGGCGCAGCUGCUGACGAACAAGCUGGACCCCAGCGCGUUCGAGGACUCCGCGCGGUCGCUGCUCGGCACGUCGGCGUACAUGGUGUUCACGCUCGACAAGCUCGUGCAGAAGACGGUGAAGCACCUCAACACGCUGCAGGCCGACGAGGUGACGCACAAGCUGGUGGCGCUGCACCGGUACGAGCGCCGGCGCGGGGAGGCGGCGUCGGAGCAGGUGUACUACACGAACGCGCACGUCCUGCUCGGCGAGGAGAUGUGCUUCCGCGCCGAGCACGUGGCGGCGGAGCGCAAGCUCACCGUGCAGCUGCUCGAGCACGACCACACAGAGGUGCCGACGGGCGUGCUGGACCCGGCGUUCGCCGAGUACCUGGACACGUUCAUCGGCGUGGUGGCCGCGGACAAGAGCGGCGCGGCCAGCACGGGGGCGCCGGAGAGCCGGCGCGAGGGCGACGACGGCGACGCCGAGAUGGCCGAGGACGACAAGAAGAGCGCCGGCGGCGAGGGCGGCGAGGCCAAGGAGGACGGUUCCGGCAAGGACGCGACGGACGCGGGCAAGGAGCAGGGCGACGCGAACGACGCGGAGGAGGACGAGGCACGCAGCGAGGAGGCGCGGCAGAUGGUGCAGCCCUUCCUGAAGCGGUGCCUGGGCGAGAAGCGGAAGCGGACGCCCGAGGAGCUCGACACGGAGGCGCAGCGGAUCCUGGACGGCGCGCUGCUGUACAACGGGCUGGAGUGCAAGAUGGCGUGCGCCACGUACAAGGUGUCGUACGUGCUGGACACGGAGGACGUGCUCGCGGUGCCGAAGCGCCGCAAGGUGACGGCGGAGCGGGCGAAGGAGCUACAGACGAAGCGGCACACCGCGUUCCGCGCCUGGGUGGAGGGCCGGGUGGCCAGGGUGGGCGCGGUGGCGCCCUCGUGA